AUGGCACCCCUCGUCGACAACCCCCAGAUCAAGCACGCCGAGCUGCUGCGCCCGUUGUCAUUCCAUUUCCACGCAUACAUCUGGCCCUUUACUAUUAUCUGGCCCAUCUUCUUCGCAUUUUACUUGAGCCCCGAGCUCUACGAAAAGUACAUCGGUGCGGAGGAAUGGACUGUUGUCUGGGUUGGAACUAUCAUCACUCUGCAGUCUCUUGUCUGGCUCAGCACACAUUGGAGUGUUGAUCUUGAGGGCAAGUUCAAGGCCUCUAAGGCUAAGGAUAUCGAGAGUGCGGAGUUGAUCAAGGUCAUCCCUAUCGCAAACGCCGGUUCCGCCGAGAUUUGCAAGCUUGUUCGCGAUAAGGCUGGUGGCAAGCUCAACACCUCGUUCCUCUUCCAGAAGCGGCGAUUCCUCUACGAUACCACUACCAAGUCUUUCACUACCCUCAAGUACGAUAUCGAUGUCGAGCCUAAGCCUUCUAUCGGCCACUUUCAGACUUCCAAGGGUAUCCAAACCCAGACUGAGUUAUCGCGAAUUGAGCAACACUAUGGCAAGAACGCUUUCGAUAUUCCCGUUCCCACCUUCACCGAGCUCUUCAAGGAGCACGCAGUCGCCCCAUUCUUCGUCUUCCAGAUCUUCUGUGUUGGGCUUUGGAUGCUUGAUGAGUACUGGUAUUAUUCGCUCUUUACUCUCUUCAUGCUUGUCGUGUUCGAGAGCACUGUCGUCUGGCAGCGUCAGCGCACACUAAACGAGUUCCGUGGCAUGAGCAUCAAGCCCUACGAUAUGUGGGUGUUCCGUCUGGGCAAGUGGACCGAGGUACAGAGCGACGAGCUUCUCCCUGGUGACCUUGCCUCUGUCAACCGAACCAAGGAGGAUAGUGGUGUUGCUUGUGAUAUGCUCUUGGUCGAAGGUACCGCUAUUGUUAACGAGGCUAUGCUUUCCGGCGAGAGUACUCCUCUCCUCAAGGACUCCAUCCAGCUUCGACCCUCCGAUGUUCCUCUGGACGCCGAAGGUCUUGACAAGAAUGCUUUCUUGUGGGGUGGUACCAAGGUUCUCCAGAUCACGCACGGAAACCCUGACCAGGAGAAGCCUAAGCUUUCCUCUGGUGUUCCACCUCCCCCGGAUAACGGCGCCAUGGCCAUCGUCAUGAAGACUGGUUUUGAGACUUCCCAGGGUAACCUGGUUCGAACUAUGAUCUAUUCAACUGAACGAGUAUCUGCCAACAACGCCGAGGCUCUCUUCUUCAUUCUGUUCCUUCUGAUCUUCGCCAUUGCUGCCGCUUGGUAUGUUUGGGAUGAGGGUGUUCGCAAGGAUCGCAAGCGCUCUAAGCUCAUGCUCGACUGUGUCUUGAUUGUUACCAGUGUCGUCCCCCCUGAGCUUCCCAUGGAGCUUAGUCUUGCCGUCAACACCAGUUUGGCAGCUCUGGCUAAGCUGGCUAUCUUCUGUACUGAACCCUUCCGAAUCCCUUUCGCUGGCCGUGUUGAUGUGGCCUGCUUUGACAAAACAGGUACCCUGACUGGCGAGGAUCUUGUCGUAGAGGGUAUCGCUGGUCUGGCUCUUGGACACGAAGAUGAGAUCAAGGACACCAAGGAGGAGGAUGGUGCUCACUCUACCAUGACUGCUGUCACAGAGGCUUCUCUCGAGACCAAGCUGGUUCUUGCAACCGCCCACGCCCUUGUCAAGCUUGACGAGGGAGACAUCGUUGGUGACCCCAUGGAGAAGGCUACUCUAACAUCUCUUGGCUGGACUCUUGGUCGCAACGAUACCCUUAUGAGCACCAAUAAGGCUGGAAGCACACAUGGUACCGUUCAGAUCAAGCGCCGAUUCCAAUUCUCUUCUGCCCUCAAGCGCCAAAGUUCUGUUGCUAUGGUUCACGGAAACGAUAUCAAGACUGGACGCAAGAUCAAGGGUACUUUUGCUGGCGUCAAGGGUGCGCCCGAGACCAUCCAGAAGAUGCUCAAGGUUAUCCCCGAUGACUAUGAGGAGACUUAUAAGUACUUCACUCGCAAGGGUUCCCGUGUUCUGGCUCUCGCCUACAAGCAACUUACCAUCGAUACUGAGCUUGGUUCUGGAAAGAUCAAUGAUCUGAAGCGCGAGAAGGUUGAGUCUGAUUUGACAUUCGCCGGUUUCCUCGUCCUGCACUGCCCUCUCAAGGAUGAUGCCAAAGAGGCUGUCCAGAUGUUGAACGAGAGCAGCCAUCGCGUGGUCAUGAUUACUGGAGACAACCCCCUUACCGCCGUACAUGUCGCUCGUGAGGUUGAGAUCGUCGAUCGUGACGUCCUUAUCCUUGAUGCCCCCGAAGAUAACUCCAACGGUGACAAGCUCGUCUGGAAGAGUGUUGACGAUAAGGUCAGCAUCAAGGUCGACCCCACCAAGCCCAUUGAUCCCGAGAUCAUUCGCUCCAAGGAUAUCUGCGUUACCGGUUAUGCUCUUGCCAAGUUCAAGGGACAAGUUGCCUGGAAUGAGAUUCUGCGUCAUACCUGGGUCUACGCUCGUGUUUCCCCCAAGCAAAAGGAGGAUAUUCUUCUUGGUCUCAAGGAUAUGGGUUACUACACUCUGAUGGCUGGUGACGGUACCAACGAUGUCGGUGCUUUAAAGCAGGCUCACAUUGGUAUUGCUCUGUUGAACGGAACACCUGAAGAUCUCACUCGUAUUGCCGAACAUUCCCGAAACACCAAGAUGAAGGAGAUGUAUCAGAAGCAAUGUGAUCUCAUGAAGCGCUUCAACCAACCUAAUCCUCCUGUCCCUGCUUUGAUUGCCCACCUUUACCCCCCUGGACCUCAGAACCCUCAGUUUCAGAAGGCUAUUGAGCGUGAAGCUCAGAAGAAGAACGUCACCCCCGAGGAAUACGCCAAGUCGCAAGGCUUCGAUUACGAAACCAUCACCUCUCCUGGCGCUCAGGCUCUUAUGGAUGCUGGUCCUCACGCCAACCGUCAAGGCGAGGCUGCUAAGAAGGCCGCCGGUUUCGCUGACAAGCUUGCGUCUGGUAUGAUGGAGGCUGAAUUGGGAGAUGACGAGCCCCCUACUCUCAAACUUGGCGAUGCCUCAGUUGCUGCACCUUUCACAUCCAAACUCCGAAACGUCGUUGCUGUCCCCAACAUCAUCCGCCAGGGCCGUUGCACUCUUGUUGCCACUAUCCAGAUGUACAAGAUUCUCGCCCUCAACUGUCUUAUUACCGCUUAUUCCUUGUCCGUCUUGUAUCUUGAGGGUAUCAAAUUUGGUGACACACAGUAUACCAUCAGUGGUAUGCUCAUGUCGGUUUGCUUCCUCAGUAUUUCUCGCGCUCGUGUCGUCGAGGGCCUUAGCAAGGAACGUCCUCAGCCCAACAUCUUCAACGUUUAUAUCAUCGGCUCGAUUCUGGGACAGUUUGCUGUUCACAUCGUCACUCUGAUCUACAUCGCCCGACUCUGCGAUAGACUUGCCCCUCGCUCUGAGGAUGUUGAUCUUGAGGCUGAAUUUGCUCCAUCUCUGCUCAACUCUGCCGUCUACCUUCUCCAGCUUAUCCAGCAAAUCUCCACCUUCGCCAUCAAUUAUCAAGGCCGUCCCUUCCGUGAAUCUCUCUCCGAGAACAAGGGUAUGUUCUAUGGUAUCGUUGGUGUCUCCGGACUUGCUUUUGCCUGUGCUCUUGAGCUCUUCCCCGACAUCAACGAGGGUAUGAAGCUUGUUCCUUUCUCGGACGAGUUCAAGACCAACAUGACCGCUGUCAUGGUCAUCGACUACGCUGCUUGCUGGCUUAUCGAGGUCAGCUUGAAGAAGUUCUUCAGUGAUUACCGACCUCGCGAUAUUGCCGAGCGACGACCUGAGCAGCUGGAGAGGGAGGCUGUUCGCCGCGCCGCCGCCCAGAAGAAGAAGGACGAGGAAGAGGAGCAGAAGAGACUCGAGAAGGUUGCCGAGUUUGAGCGCAAAGUCGAGGAGCGACGAAGAAAGAUUGAGGAGUGGCGAGCUGGAAGAACUUAA